GGAAAAAAGAUCCUAUCACAACCAACUGUGGACCACGCCAGCAAAAGCAGCGUUUAAUUUUGCCAUAGAAGCAAAUAGCAAGUGCACAGCAUAGGAAAUCAGUGAGCAGUCGGAGAUGAAUGGGAGCGUCUCUCUGGCAUGCUCUUGACUCAGAAAAGCAAAUACCAUCCAAGGACAAAGUGGUCGGAUGGAGGUGACUGAGGGAAAGCCUGGGAAGCCCCUGAUUUCACACCACCAUGUGCAAGGAUACACAGGGAUGAGAGAGUACUGGAGAAAGAGCUGCACGCCUGCUUCCCCACAGCCCUGGCAUCUUGGAAAGUAAAGGUUGCACAGCCAGGUGAAGUGCUGUACAUGUGCCAGCAGUGGGCUCAGCAGAAUACCGUGGCUGUUCCAACCCUGAGCCUGCUUUUCUGACUGACUCCUGCAGUUUUCUUCUGAGGAGCAGGCGAGAAGGAUGAAUUUUGCCAAAUGACAGCAAAGGCAAGGACUUCACACCAGGCAUCAUGCCUUCACAAGGAUGGCCAUCAUGUCACGGAGAAGCCCAGGCAGACAGGGAUGCAUGGGCAGAGCAGGAAGGAAGAGGAGUUUUUAUAAAGGUGGGGAUAACAAGGAGCUUCAUGAAAUAAAGUUUGGAGAGAGAAAGCCCAGCUUUUUCGGGCUGACUUUUUUCAGAGGGUCUUCACACCCACUUCCUUCUGGCAGCUCAUUUCUGAGUAACUACUGAAUGCUGGUGCUUCGCCUCUAUUUAAAAACAGAGUAAUUAAAACUGCCUGGGAACUGCAAGAGCCGUGAGAAAUAUUUGGAGACAUCGAGAGACAAGAUAUAUGGAAACUUGCUGCUUGUAGAUAGGCCAUUUUCACAAAGGUGGAAGCCACAGAAGUAUGUAGAUGAGAGGGAAAAUCUCUCUGUCAGAUCCCAUUGAAAUCUCCAUUUUGGGCACUGCUGCUCCGCUGCUAAGGUCCUUCCAUCGUCCCACUGCAGCAAGCAAAGCCAACACUGGGCAAUCCUCUAAAAUGUUUAUUUGGACCAGUGGCCGGAGCUCUACAUCUUACAGACAUGAUGAGAAAAGAAAUAUUUACCAAAAAAUCAGGGAUCACGAUCUACUGGACAAAAGGAAAACAGUUACAGCCCUAAAAGCUGGAGAAGACCGGGCCAUACUCCUCGGGCUGGCCAUGAUGGUGUGCUCUGUCAUGAUGUACUUUCUCCUGGGAAUCACCCUGCUGCGGUCUUACAUGCAAAGUGUCUGGACAGAAGAGGCUCAGUGCUCACUUCUCAAUGCAUCCAUCACAGAAACCUUCAACUGCUCAUUUAGCUGUGGUCCAGACUGCUGGAAAAUUUCCCAGUACCCGUGCCUCCAGGUGUACGUCAAUCUCACCUCUUCUGGCCAGAAGCUUCUGCUCUACCACACCGAGGAAACAAUGAAAAUUAAUUCUGAGUGCUCAUACAUACCCAAAUGUGGCAAGAAUUAUGAGGAGUCCAUGUCAUUGGUGAACAUCGUGAUGGAAAACUUCAGAAAGUACCAGCGCUUCUCCUGCUUCUAUGACCCUGAAGGCGUGCAGAAGAAUGUGAUAUUAACCAAACUGUACAGCCACAACGUACUGUUCCACUCUCUCUUCUGGCCCACAUGCAUGAUGAUUGGCGGGGUCGCCAUUGUUGCGAUGGUAAAGCUGACUCAAUACCUUUCCCUCCUCUGUGAGAGAAUCCAAAGGAUCAACAGAUAAAAAAUGAAAACUUCUCUGAGAUUUAAGUACAAUGAAAAUACUGUUUUCUCAUUCUUCACCAAAGAACCUUAAGUUUGUAACGUGCAAGUCUGGUAUAAGUUCCUUACUAUAUUCUUAUAAGUAGAGCAAUAAUGCAAAAGCUGUUCUAUAUGCAAACAUAUUAUUAUGCAGACAACUGAAAAAAUACUGUUUUGUGUUGACUGUCUAUAUGAUCUUGUUCUAUGCUGAGACUAGUAUUUCUUUCUUUUCUAUGGCCAAAAUAGGGCUCAGUGUGACCAUUUGCCAAUCUUAGUCAAUUGGUGUUUUCAACGUAAAAGGAUUCUGGAAAAAAAAGAAAAAUCACUGCUGGGCAAAGGGCAGCCAGCCACUUGUGCAUCGCUGAGGUCUCACAUCUGGCUGAGCCCAUUCAGUUGAUUUGUGGCUUUGCUUUUUUAUUAUUGGCUGCAGGGGGAA